AUGCCCACCCGAACACCAUCCAUUUCAUCCUCCUCAUCCCGACCACCCCGUCCUGCUCUACCACCUAUCUCGACAACGAUAGUCACUCCUUCAACAUCACACAGCAACACCAUUGCAGACGCAGCUUCCUUUCGCACGUUAUUCCAGGAACCCGCAUCGGCAACGACCACUGCCACUGCCACCGCCCCCUCGUCCGUCGUCGCCGCCGGCGGCCCGACACUAUCAGCCACGACGACAACCCGUGACGCCAUCGAGAUGGAGCCUAUAGUCACCGGCCACCGUCGCCGGAAGAGCAGCCUGAUGAACCCCAUAAACACGCUCUCGUCCUCGACCAUCGCAUCGUCGUCCCGCCCACGACCCCAGGGCAGCACGCUCACUUCACCGCUACCCAUCGGCCCCGGGUCCCUGUCCAGUGCAGCCUCCAGCGUCCCCGAGCAGCUCCCUUCGGCGGAAAUGCUGCAGCAGCCCUUCCACGGCGCCGGUGGCAGCCCGACUCCCACCACCGCCACGAGCGUCAGGUACGACGGUGACUCGGACAGCUAUAGCGAUAAUGACCUUCGCGACGACGAGGAGACAGGCCUCACCAGGAAGCAGAGGAAGAACAGGCAAAAGAGACGUAGGAGGAACACCCUGCUAGACCAACGUAUAGUACCGGACGAGAAGAACCUGGGCAAUGAGGACGAGACGCACGUCGACAGGGAUGUCGUCAAGCGAAUAUCCGUCAACCUCGGCCUCAUUUUUUUGUGGUAUCUGUUCUCUCUAUCCAUUUCAUUGUACAACAAAUGGAUGUUUGACGAGGAUCGUCUGAAUUUCGCCUUCCCCCUAUUCACCACUUCGAUGCACAUGAUUGUCCAGUUCGCACUCUCCGGCCUGGUAUUAUACCUGGUGCCAUCGCUCAGGCCAAAGCCUGCCCACGAGUCAGACAUGGGUAGGUCGAGACACGAGGCUGAGCCGGCGAGCGGCAGCAACAGCAGCGGCAGCCCCGUUGGUCUGCUCUUCUACCUGACCAGGAUUGGACCCUGCGGCAUGUCUACCGGUCUGGAUAUCGGUCUGGGCAACACGUCGCUCAAGUUCAUCAGCCUCACAUUCUAUACCAUGUGCAAGUCCUCCUCCCUAGCCUUUGUCCUCCUCUUCGCCUUCCUCUUCCGCCUCGAGACGCCAACCUGGCGCCUGGUGGCCAUCAUCGCCACCAUGACAAUUGGCGUCAUCCUGAUGGUGUUUGGCGAGAUCCAGUUCAAGCUGGGCGGCUUCGUCCUCAUCAUCUCGGCCGCCUUCUUCUCCGGCCUGCGCUGGGGCCUGACGCAGAUCCUCCUCCUGCGCCACCCGGCCACGUCGAACCCGUUUGCGAGCAUCUUCCUCCUCACGCCCGUCAUGUUUGUGACGCUGCUCAGCCUGGCCUUCCCUGUCGAGGGCUUCUGGCCGCUGAUUGAGGGACUGCACACCCUGUCGGACGAGUGGGGGGCCAUAUACACACCGCUCUUCCUCCUGUUCCCGGGAUGCCUGGCCUUUUUGAUGACGUCGGCUGAGUUCGCCCUGUUGCAGCGCACGUCGGUCGUCACCCUCUCUAUCGCCGGCAUCUUCAAGGAGGUGGUGACCAUCUCGGCCGCCUCGGUCCUAUUCGAGGAAAGUCUCACCCUCAUCAACCUCGUCGGCCUGUUCACCACCAUGGCCGCCAUCGUCGCCUACAACUACAUCAAGAUCACCAAGAUGCGUACCGACGCACGCGCCGGCGAGGCUACCGCCGCCGACUACCAGCGUGCCAGCCUGUCCUCGCCGGGCCACUCGAGCGGAGACGACACUGACAACGACUACGAAGGGUACGCCGAGACUGCUGGCCUGCUGCGCCAGAGCGUCGACGGCCCCGACGGCACCCUCAUCAUGGCCGACGGCGAUAUCCAGCCUAACCUGAUAAUACCUGCUAGUCCAAUCGACGAGCACACACGAUAG